UAGAUGCAAAUCUCUAUCAUUGUUUUCUCUACAUUUAUUACAUCUGUAGACUAUAAAAGUAUUUGCACUACUGCGCUAUCGAUAUGGCUGUUAGGCCUAAAAUUCGACCAUCAAACGGUAUUGCUGAAGAAGAGUCUGAAGAGUUAUUCUGUGGUUAUGUUAUGCAUCAGCAGAAAUCAUUUAGUCCAAAGAUGCGCUGGGGACAAUUGUGGACAAGCAAAGCAGAUAAUGGUUUAAUGAAAUGUGACAUCAGACUUUUUAAAUAUGACAUAGUGAGUCCGAAGCCUGGGACAUUUACAAAGAAAGACCUCCGACUAAAAUUGAGUUUUCAAUUCACAGAGGAAGAAUUUUGUGGACUUGAAAAAGGGGAACAUUAUAUGAAAGGUGGAAUGAGAAGAUACAUAUGUGUAAUACUUAAAGACAAGCAUUUAAUUGUUCAAGAUGCUAUCACUGCUAUGACAGAUACCGACCAUAAUGUUCUUGGUACCUGGUACAGCAAAAUAACUGAAGCUAUGCAUUACAUGAGUAGAUGGCAGAUAUUUCAAAGUGAAAAGGAAACUGGCGAUAUGAGAUAUUUUCAUGCAAGUCGUGUAAACUUAUGUGAGUGUUUCAGCUUGCAUAAUUCACAUGCUGGUCGGAAAGGGAAAAUACUUCUGGAUAAGUUAUUUAAAACGGAUUCUAUUGCCAUUGUAGAUGAAGUACAGGAAGUUCAUAAUAAUGGUGUUCAAUGCUCCAGGGUAACUUUUUAUGAUAAAAAUUACAGUGUUGACGUGAAGAUAUCUGUAGUCGUCCAUGGUAUGAUGAAAUUAUCUGAAAUAUUGACAAAUCUAAGUCGGGGACGUCAACCUGAAAGACCCACUUUAUGUUCAAGAUUUGAUGAUCUAAAUGGUAAUCCUAAUCUUGUAAGGAUACCUCCUGAACGGAAAAACGACCUGCCAGCAAGAAGUUUACGAGAUCUUUCCGGUUCUGAAAGAAAUGGUUUGAACAACAUUUAUAUUUCACAAGAUGAACCUGAUAUGAGGCUUUCUGGAGAUUUAGCUGCCGGUUCUUCUCACGCCAUGCCUAAUGUUUCACAGCGAUCACCACAAUCAAUGCAGUUUAGGUUUAAUCGAGUCCAUAACCCAUCGUAUGAACUUCCUAGCAAAAAUUCCAAUGAUACUGGGCACAGGUCAUAUUCAAACCCAUUUUCUAAUGGUUCAGUAAAUGCUGGACCUCGUCAUCAUAACACAAAUCGUUCUCUAAUGCCACCUCCUGAAGACUCCGGUGAUCUUAAAAAAACUAUCGAUCCAACUUCUCAAAUCAGUGUAGAUUCGGACUAUUUGACUGAUGAAAAUUUCACAGCUAAUAUGUUACAAUUCAGUGCAACCAAUGCUACUAGUGAAAUGCCUGGAACUCCGAACAAUAUUGUCAGAAUCGCUUCUAGAGAACAUGUGGAUACAGAUGAGACAGACAGACCCUAUGUAAAUUUAGCAAAUCAUGCUGAUGCAUUGGAAGGUGCUGUUGGAGAUAGCAUGAUGCAAACAAUGGCACAAUCUAUUGAUGAAGAACCAACUGAUGCCAUUCCACCUAAGGUACCUCCGCGCGAAGCAAUAAACGAUGAAAAUAUUCAAGACUUGAUACGUAAUGCCAUUAAACAACAAAAUCUUCUUCCCACCUGUACCGACUCCAACCAGUAUAUAAACAGUAUGAAUAUCGAAAUGACUAUUGCUAUUCUCUUAAAAGAUAUCAAUUCAGAGGCAGCCAGGGCAAGCUUGGGAUUGCCAUAUAGCACGUAUAUGUCGUUGAUUUUGGGCUUAGAGAUACAAAGCGUAUCACAAAGUGAUUGGAGAGGACUAGCAUCAGAACUGGAAUUUUCCUUUCGUGACGUUGGAAUAAUAGAAAGUGCUGUUCAGACCUAUAACUUAUCACCCGCUCAGAUUGUUUUAUUGCAUUGGUAUCGAACACAGUCACCAUAUCCUUUCACUUGUUCAGUGCUUAAAAAGAUAUUGUUAAAGGCAAUGCAAAGACUUGAUUUAGCUGAUUUGUUACCAGAAGAAGAUGCUGAUGAUGAAAGCAGUCUCAGCAGUGAGAAGAACAUGGAUAAAAAUUGAUAGAUCAGCAAAAAAUAUUGCUUGAAGAUUUAAAUUCUCAAUAAGCACUGAUUUCUGUUAUAAAAGUUGAUACAAUGCAGGCUCACAAUCAUUCAUUAAAUCAUGAACAAUUUUUUUUUGUAUAUAAAACUGUUGACAGUUAUGAAUUGGUUAUUAAAUGAUGUAAUUCUGUUAUUUUCAUUUAUUAUGUCCAUAUACCUAUCUAUUUUUAUUCUUUAAUUUCUACUGAUGGCCAUUGAAAAUAGUUAUUGUAUAUUAUACUUACCAAGUACAGAGAAAGUUAUUAAAUUCACUGACAAAGGUUUUACACAUUUAUAAAACAUCAAUACACAUUAUUUUGUUUUGUUACUACCUACCUAUAUUGCAUUAAUUAACUAGUACAUUGUUGUUUGUUGUCACUUAUGGCUGGCCAUCCAUCAGAGGGAGAGAUAUGCAUAUGCUAAUAGUAUUGUUGGAGUGAAAUUAACUACCUAAAUUUGAAGAUUACUCACAAGUCACAAUAUAAUCUAUCUUCUGUAAAAAUUCGAAACUUCUGUUUGUCCAAUUGAUUUAACUGUCUGUUUAUCAAUAGUGCUUCCAAUUAGGCUCUAUUAUUUUCAACUAGGGCUUCAGGUUAUCACAAUUUCAAACCAGGGUUUUGACGGUUUUCGUUUCCUAGUAUAACUUAAAAAAAUAAUGUGAAAGCGUUAGUACCUUCAAUUCAUGAUACAUCUCGCUUUGUUACAUAAUAAUAUCAAUGAUGAUUACAUUUUUGAUUAUAUUUUACUACUCAAAUUGUGUUUGAAAUGUUCAGAAUGAACACAUAAAUACCCAGCAACUCUGCUGCAUCAAUUGAUUGAUAUUAGUCCAUUUCUGCGUCAAAGCAUGUUAUUCCUGUUUAAACCAAUCAAGUUGCAGAGUCUCAACACCGGCUGAAUUUAAAAUUUUUUUAUUCAGAGCAAUUGCUCUCCAUUUAUAACAAUGCACAUUGGUAAUUGGUGCAGAACAGUGCCUUUAUAUCUUCAAAUUUACUAUCCCGAGUGAACCCCGGGAUGAACACCCAACUUAUCAUAUGCUGUGUAUUGAAAGCAGGUCGCAGUUGCAUCACAGCUUUCAUGCUUUAUUUCACUUACCGUAUGUGAAUUGUUCAUGACACUUUAUGCAUUGGAAUAUCGGAUGUUUUGUUGCAAGUUUUUUUUUUGUAAACUGAAUUAUAAACAUUCCUUCCACAUUUUUUAUUUCUGAUCAGUCUAUUUUUGAAAAUAUUGCAUUUUUGUUGUAUAUAAUGAUUUUCCAUCAUGUUAUAUUGCCUUUUUCUUUUACUUAUUUUUACCAUAUUGAUUUAUUCUAUCUGGUAUUUUAUAUUUUUUUUUCUGAAAGAACGAAUCAAAAAUUUAUGCUUUAUAUACUUUCCCUUUACAACAUCUUAAAUUUUUUUGGUUUUUGUUCGACAUGGAUCUAGUCUGUGACAUGGUACAGAUCAUACCUUAACUAGAGGUUUUUGUGCAGUAACAAUAAAUGGUAGAAAUUUUAAUACAUUUUGUCAUAUUAUUUUUUGAGUAAAAAACUAUUCUAUUCUACCUUGCGCUCAAUAGGCAUCGGGGAUCUUAAAUGCAAAUGAGUUUGUUGCUCAUUCACAUACUAGAUUGUUGUUAUAGUUAUAUAGCAUGUACAAGCUUGACACUUCAUACAAAUUUUACAUGUUUAUUAGAAAUUAACUUAUAAGCUUGAGUGGAAGGUUUUAAUUCAUUUAAUGAAAUUGGAAAAAUAAUAUACCAAUAUAGAGACUCCACUAAUAAAGAAAGAUUUAGGUUUUGUUUAUUUGAUUGGUCAUGCUCACCAUUGAUGUUUAAGAUAUAAUUAUGCAAUUUGUUGAAUAUUGUGAUCUGCAUGAUUUUUCAUAUGCUCAAUUUAGUUAUAGCAACAGCAGGGAAAGAUUUUUCUCGUACUAGUGUUACAGAAAUCCUCUGUGCAAUGCUCUUUUACCCUAGAAACAGUUUCAUUUGAUUUUUUGUUCUUCUUGUACAUUUUAGA